AUGACGACGACGAUGAUUAUGCGGACAUCUAGGAUUUUUUUCUCGAAAAAUCACUUGGGUUUAUUUCAUGGUUCUUCUCAGUCCUCAAACCAAAACCCAAGCAAAUCUAAAUCUAGAGACCCCCAACACCCAUUUGAUGUCACUAAUCUCGGGGAUGCAUCGAAUAUGUUCGAUAAAAUGCUUAAACAGGGUCGUCGACCUUCUGUUGUCCGCUUCACUCAACUAUUGGGUCAAGUUGCGAAAUUAAAGCAUUACUCGGUGGUCAUAUCUUGGUAUAAGCAAAUUACUCUGUUGGGAGUUGUUCCUGAUGCCUUUAUUUUAAACAUUAUCGUGAAUUGUUUUGGUCGUUUGAACCAAAUGGACGCUAGUUUUUCAGUCUUGGCACUAUUCUUUAAAUUGGGGCUUCAACCAGAUGUCACUACCUUCAACACUCUAAUAAGGGGCUUGGGCCUUGAUAAUAGAGUUCAUGAGGCUGCUUCACUUGUCCGCAAAAUGGCCUUUUUUGGAGAAGGAUGUAAGCCCAAUGUUAUUACUUUUGGUACGUUAAUAGAUGCUUCAUGCAAACUAGGGCAAAAUGGCAGGGCUAUUCAACUGCUUAGGUUGAUGGAAAAAUAUGACUGCCAACCUAAUGUAGUUGUCUACAGCACAAUAAUCGACAGCCUUUGUAAGGACCAACUUGUUGCUGAGGCCUUCAAGCUCUUCUCAGAAAUGGAAAGUAAAUGUAUUCCCCCAAACAUCGUCACCUAUACGUCUUUGUUUCUGGGUUUAUGCAAAUCAUGUCCGUUGACGGAAGCAACACAAUUCUUCACAGAGAUGAGCAGUAAAGGUAUCUCUCCAAACGUUCAAACCUUCAGUAUCCUAGUUGACUCUUUGUGUAAGAACGGAAAGUUGAAGGAAGCUAAUCAAGCAAUUGACUUAAUGACUGCUAGAGGUAUGGAACCUAAUACUUUUACUUACAAUUGCCUCAUGAAGGGUUAUUGCUUGCAAAGAGAUAUGAACAAAGCAAAAGGCAUUUUUGAUCUAAUGCUUAAGAAGGGCUCUAUUGUUGAUGUUUUUAGUUAUACUAUAUUGAUAAAUGGAUAUUGCAAUAAAAGAAGAAUGAAGGAGGCAAUGCAUUUGUUUGAGGAAAUGACUCGUAAGGGAAUGAUUCCAGAUACGGUUACUUAUACGACACUUAUUGGCGGCUUUUGCAAAGACAGAAGAAUAGAUGAUGCACAAAACAUAUUCUCAAAGAUGAAAGUUGGUGGUCCACUUCCAAAUAUUUCUACUUAUAGUGUUUUACUGGAUGGACUGUGUAGAAACGGCCAUAUUGAUAUGGCUUUGAAAUUCUUUGGAGAGUUGGAAUGCAGUAACGUGGAUUUUGGUAUCAGUCCCUACAAUAUUCUGAUUGAUGGUUUGUGCAUGGCAGGAAGACUUGAAUCUGCACGAGAUCUCUUUCGCAGUUUACCUUCGAAAGGACUAAAACCAGAUGUCAAGACUUAUACAAUACUGAUAAUUACUCUUUCUACUAAGGGCCUAUUUACUGAAGCAGAAGCAUUGCUUAGAGGAAUGGAAGAGAAAGGCUGUUCCCCAGAUUCUGUCACCUACAACACAAUCAUCCAGAGAUUUCUCCUUAAUGAUGAGCUAUCAAGGGCACAAAAACUUAUUCAAGAAAUGGUGGCCAAGGGUUUCUAUGCAGAUGAUUUAACAACGACAAUGAUAGUUGACUUAAUUGAUGAGGGCAAACUAGAUACUGAUUUGCAUCCAGUGGAAAAAAAAAAUCUGAGUGAAUUUCAUUUCCAUCUUCAAAUGAACAAGAACUUUCUGAUCCAAAAAAGAAAAAAGAAAAAAGAAAGAGGAAAUGAACAAAAACUUUGUAGCGAGGUCCAGGCUGUUCCUCUAUUGGUGGAGGUGCCUUUAAAGAGCUGGGUUCAUUUUAUCCUACAGGUGAUGGUAGAAGCCUCCAAAGAAAUUCAAUGUCAUGGAAUUGAGCAUCAAAUCUCCUCUUUGUUGAGUCUCCUGCUGGAGAAGGAUGGUUAUACUCGAAUACAAGUUCGGAUUAUAAAUCUGGCGAUGCAUCCACUGUUUGAUUUGAUCCAAUCUCGUUCUCUCUAUUUUGCAGCAAGGGAUAUGCACACAUUCCUGUUGAAAUGGUAUGAGAAGUUUACUUUUGCACGCUUACUGUCUCCAAGACCUGUCAUUUGGAAUCGUGGCCUUACUAUCAUGAAUGAAUGCGAUUUUGAUAAUUAUGUCUUUCCAGAACCUCAAAAUGUAACGGUUCAAUGCAAUCCUGCAAUAUCUCAAGCAAAUAAAAUAGUUGGCGAGUACGUGAUCGUUGAUGUUUGUUGUCCGUCUAUAGUGCAGCAAGAGUUGAGACUGCAGAAAAUGGCAGGGAGUAAGUCUCCUCCGAAUGCUGGUGAAAUCAUCGCAACUUAA